GUUACAUAUUUAUGAAUAGAUCUAUUACAAUCACUAUCUAAGUACCUCAAGUACUAAGUACCUAAAAUAAUAUAGAAGAGCUAUCCGAUAUGACCGUCGUAAAACCGCCGCCUCCAUGGCUCCGUAUUUUCCCAUCUCCGCUUAUGAAAGUCGCGUGCCAGAGUGACUUGAAGAAGCAGACCGGAUACUACUAUUACGACGAUGCAUCUCGUUCCUAAAGAGCUUGAUAAGCUCGUCCUCUCACAAUUGGGGUUUUUAGCCCAGAAGAGGCUUGCUAGGGGUGUUAAGUUAAACCACACCGAGGCCACUGCACUUAUUGCGAAUAAUCUCCAAGAGCUCAUUCGUGAUGGACAACAUAACGUCGCAGAUCUGAUGACUAUAGGGUCUACCAUGCUAGGUCGGAGGCAUGUGUUACCUUCUGUUGUUAGUACGCUCCACGAAAUCCAAGUCGAAGGUACUUUCCCAUCAGGUACUUAUCUCGUGACGGUGCACAACCCCAUCGCCACCGCCGAUGGUGAUUUAGCUAGGGCACUUUACGGCAGCUUCCUACCCACCCCAAGCCAGGACCUAUUUCCCCCUUGCGAAGAUAGUGCCUACGAGCAUACCAAGCAACCCGGCGCCAUAGUUGCUGUUAAAGGUAGAAUUAAAAUCAACGAGGGCCGGAAGCGUAUUCGACUUCAGGUCACAAGCAAAGGAGAUAGGCCCGUCCAGGUGGGUAGUCAUUACCAUUUCAUCGAGACGAAUCCACAACUCGAAUUCGACCGCGCUGCAGCAUAUGGCUUCCGUCUCGAUAUUGCCGCCGGCACAUCCGUGCGGUUCGAACCGGGUGACACCAAAACCGUUACACUCGUCGAAAUCGGCGGUAACCACGUAAUCCGCGGAGGCAAUGGUCUCGCCUCCGGAAAAGUCGACCUGUCUCGCGCAGACGCUAUCGUUUCGGCCCUCCAGGAGGCCGGAUUUGCGCAUAACCCGAGGCCUGCAGGCGACAUGGCAUUUAUAGACGUAAGUUCCAUAGAACGUACUUCGUAUAUAGCUAUGUUUGGCCCGACAACCGGCGAUCAUGUACGCUUAGGCGCGACCGAUCUUUGGAUUGAAGUCAUGAAGGACAUGACUAGGUAUGGCGACGAGUGCAAAUUUGGCGGUGGUAAGACUCUGCGUGAAGGCAUGGGCCAAAUGACAGGAUGCCCGGAUAGAGAUAGUUUGGAUAUGGUAGUGACAAAUGCGCUGAUCGUCGAUUACACCGGUAUUUACAAGGCCGACAUUGGUGUGAAGGAUGGGUUGAUCGUUGGGGUUGGUAAGGCUGGAAACCCGGAUGUUAUGGACGGCGUCACCGAGGGUAUGAUCGUGGGUAGUUGUACGGAUGUCGUCGCGGGAGAGGGCAAGAUUGUGACGGCUGGUGGUUUGGACACACAUAUCCAUUUCAUAUGCCCACAGCAAGCUUAUGAGUCCGUUGCUUCUGGUGUUACGACGAUGCUUGGUGGUGGUACUGGGCCUAGCGCCGGCACCAAUGCUACCACGUGCACACCAGGGGCAAACUACAUCCGACAGAUGUUACAAGCAUGCGAUAACCUGCCUGUCAACAUUGGAAUUACAGGCAAAGGUAACGACAGCGAUCCUGGUGCACUACGUGAGCAGAUCCUAGCGGGUGCCUGUGGUCUUAAACUGCACGAAGACUGGGGUACGACACCUGCUGCCAUCAAUUCUUGCUUAGGAGUUUGUGAUGAGCUAGAUGUGCAAUGUCUGAUUCACACAGACACGCUCAACGAAAGCGGCUACGUAGAAUCGACGAUCGCAGCCUUCAAGGGACGCACCAUUCACACUUACCAUACAGAGGGUGCAGGAGGUGGGCAUGCUCCUGAUAUUAUCAGAGUUGUGGAACACGAAAAUGUACUACCGUCCUCGACCAACCCAACACGGCCGUAUACUCAAAAUACACUAGAUGAGCACCUCGAUAUGUUGAUGGUAUGUCACCAUCUAAGUCGAAAUAUUCCUGAAGACGUAGCGUUUGCGGAGUCACGAAUCAGGGCCCAGACGAUCGCGGCAGAGGAUGUACUGCAUGAUUUAGGCGCUAUAUCGAUGAUGUCUAGUGAUUCGCAAGCUAUGGGCCGGUGCGGCGAAGUCAUUUUGCGAACGUGGAAUACAGCGCACAAGAACAAAGUACAAAGGGGAUUCCUACCCGAGGAUGAAGGCACCGGAGUGGAUAAUUACAGGGUUAUGCGCUAUGUCAGCAAGUAUACAAUCAACCCAGCCAUCGCUCAGGGUAUGGGACAUCUUAUCGGGAGUAUUGAAGUUGGCAAGCUCGCAGACUUGGUGCUCUGGGAUCCGGCGUGGUUCGGAGCUAAGCCAACGACGGUUAUUAAGAGUGGUUUGAUUGCUUAUUCGCAGAUGGGCGAUCCCAAUGCCUCAAUCCCGACAGUCCAACCCAUCAUCGCGCGCCCUAUGUAUGCACCACUAGUACCUCCUUCAAGCGUCCUCUUCGUAUCCCAGGCGAGCUUGUCGACCAUCACAUCCUCUAAGAAGGGGUACGGGCUGCGGAAACGUGUAGAGCCUGUACGCGAUUGCCGUACCAUCGGCAAGAAAGAUAUGAAGUAUAACAACGCUAUGCCUCGCAUGCGCGUUGACCCCGAGCUAUAUGCUGUCGAGGCCAAUGGUGUACUGUGUACGGCCGAGCCAGCGAAGAGUCUACCACUUACACAGGCUUGGUUUGUUUAUUAGAAUAGGGGCGAUUUCUGAUUAGGUAGGCUGGUUUAUAUGGAGAGGUAAAAACGUGGCUAUAUGUGCUUGGAUAUACUAGCUGAGUGGGUUCAGGGGUAGUAAUAUUUGGGGGUUACUCAUUGACAUCUAGCUAGGUGCGUAUAUGUACCCACCUAGGUGGCUACUGAGGUAUACGUAGCCAAGGGGUGUUGGAUUAGUGGUUAGAAUGAAGGGCUGGAUUCGACUCACCUUUUUCGUUCGAGAUACCUUGGUAUGUAGGUGAAGAAGAUUGGCUAAGUACAUUUGAAAAACUACUAUUAUAAGUCCCUAGAGUGAGAAUUUCCGAUUUGAUUUAUUGUCAGCCCAAACUACGACAGUAUUCAAGUUUCGGGUUGUACUUAGGGGGUUGAUGUAUCGGGUUCCAAUAUACCAUUUUCCUUGGAAGUGUACAUUAAUAGAAUAAAGGGCUGUAGGUAAUAUUUGUGGUAGCUGAAUGAGAACGAUAAUGCGUAGCUGAGUG